CAGACUACAACAUAAUUACUAAACCGGUUUCAACAUUCACUCUCUCUCUCUCUGCCUUAUUACUCUCACAGUCUCUCACAGUGGUGGUUCGUUUAGGGUUUGGUUGAAUUUUACAGAGCUUCCGAAUCAGAGAGCUUGAGAAGAAAUCAAAUCGAGAAUGAGGAUAUCGUUUGCGAUUGCAUCAACUGCGAAGAGAUUUGUUCAUCGGAGUCUUGUGGUGAGAGGUAAUGCUGCAACUGUUUCUCCCUCUUUUUCCUUUUUCUGGAGACGAGCUUUCUCUGGUAAGACUAGUUAUGAUUACAGAGAGAAACUGAGUAGAAAUGGGCUGAGUGAAUUAAAGUUAGAUGACGCUGUUGCUCUGUUCGGUGAAAUGGUCAAGUCUCGUCCCUUCCCUUCCAUCAUUGAGUUCAGCAAACUGUUGAGUGCAAUUGCUAAGAUGAACAAGUUCGAUGUUGUCAUCUCUCUCGGCGAGCAGAUGCAAAACUUGGGAAUUCCUCAUAAUCACUAUACUUACAGUAUUUUGAUUAACUGUUUUUGUCGACGCUCUCAACUCCCUCUUGCUUUAGCUGUUCUUGGCAAGAUGAUGAAACUUGGCUAUGAGCCCAAUAUUGUCACGCUUUCUUCGCUGCUCAAUGGGUAUUGCCACAGUAAGAGGAUAUCCGAGGCUGUAGCUUUGGUUGAUCAGAUGUUCGUAACGGGGUAUCAACCCAAUACCGUCACAUUUAACACUCUAAUCCAUGGACUUUUUCUUCACAACAAAGCUUCAGAAGCAAUGGCUUUAAUUGAUCGAAUGGUUGCAAAAGGUUGUCAACCAGAUCUGGUUACUUAUGGAGUGGUAGUAAAUGGAUUAUGUAAGAGAGGUGAUACUGAUUUGGCUUUUAAUCUGCUCAACAAGAUGGAACAAGGGAAAUUAGAACCUGGUGUUUUGAUCUACAACACAAUCAUUGAUGGUCUUUGCAAAUACAAACAUAUGGAUGAUGCGCUCAACCUAUUUAAAGAAAUGGAAACAAAAGGCAUUAGACCAAAUGUUGUUACCUACAGCUCCCUCAUAAGUUGCCUUUGUAAUUACGGAAGAUGGAGUGAUGCCUCUCGCCUCCUUAGUGAUAUGAUUGAGAGGAAAAUCAACCCUGAUGUAUUCACUUUCAGCGCAUUGAUCGAUGCGUUUGUGAAGGAGGGCAAGCUUGUAGAGGCUGAGAAAUUGUACGACGAGAUGGUCAAAAGGUCCAUAGAUCCUAGUAUUGUCACAUACAGUUCAUUGAUCAACGGGUUUUGUAUGCACGAUCGUCUAGACGAGGCCAAGCAGAUGUUUGAGUUCAUGGUUAGCAAGCAUUGUUUUCCAGAUGUAGUGACUUAUAAUACGCUUAUAAAGGGAUUUUGCAAGUAUAAAAGGGUAGAAGAGGGUAUGGAAGUCUUCCGUGAGAUGUCUCAAAGAGGAUUGGUUGGCAACACUGUCACUUACAACAUUCUUAUCCAAGGGUUAUUUCAAGCUGGAGAUUGUGAUAUGGCUCAAGAAAUAUUCAAAGAGAUGGUAUCUGAUGGCGUGCCUCCCAAUAUUAUGACAUACAACACUUUGUUAGAUGGACUUUGUAAAAAUGGGAAGCUAGAGAAAGCAAUGGUUGUAUUCGAGUAUCUGCAAAGGAGUAAAAUGGAACCUACUAUUUACACAUAUAAUAUUAUGAUUGAAGGGAUGUGCAAGGCAGGGAAGGUGGAAGAUGGGUGGGAUCUAUUUUGUAAUCUCAGCCUUAAAGGAGUGAAGCCGGAUGUUGUAGCGUACAAUACAAUGAUAUCAGGAUUUUGUAGGAAAGGUUCAAAGGAGGAAGCAGAUGCCUUAUUUAAAGAAAUGAAAGAAGAUGGGACUCUUCCAAACAGCGGUUGCUAUAAUACGCUGAUUAGGGCACGCCUUAGAGAUGGUGACAGAGAAGCAUCAGCUGAACUCAUCAAAGAAAUGAGGAGUUGCGGGUUUGCUGGAGAUGCUUCAACCAUUGGCUUGGUCACUAAUAUGUUACAUGAUGGGAGAUUGGACAAAAGCUUCCUCGAUAUGCUUUCUUAAAACAGUUUCAUCAUCCUUGAGUCGAGAGAAUAGUCGAGCAAACCAUAUCCCCUUGAAAGCAGCAUCUGCGAGGCUGCAAACAAGGGUUGAUAAGGAGCACUCUUCAAGCAGAUUUCAGAUUUCGAAUUGAGAUUUUUCGGGCUCGAGGGUGACUUUGCUUUUGUUUCUCCCCUUCCUUCUUUUUCACAAAGCUCAAUGAUUUUUGUUUGGUGAUUGUCUUGUGAACUGCUAAGCUUUUUAACUCAUAUUGAGUCAUGGUUACAACUGUUUUAGUGGUCUUGUAGGAGAUAAAAUAAAAAGCUCACAAAUUACAAUUUGAUAUCUCGAAAAAAUUGUGGAAUUCUGUAUAAAAAGCUCAUUACCAGAA